AUGUGAAAAUGUGUAUUAUUUCAUGAAUUAGCCAUAUCAAAGUGAAAAAUAUGUAUUAGUUUUUUGAUUACCCUCACAUUAGAAAACACCAAAUAUUGUUGGCCAAAUAGAGCCGGAUGAGUAACAAAACAUUUACUUCAAAUAUUGUUGCUUAAACUUAUUGGUCUUCUGGAAUUGAGCGUAAAAACACAAAUUUUUAAUUUUUAUCAAGAAAUCGAUUUAUACACUAACGAAAAAUGCCGAAGCCACCACCAAAACCAGAAGAAGAUCCCGAUCCAACUCCAUACCUUUUUGUGUCUCUUGAGCAAAAGAGAAUCGAUCAGUCAAAACCUUAUGAUGCUAAAAAAGCUUGUUGGGUGCCAGAUGAGAAAGAAGGGUAUCUUCUUGGAGAAAUUAAAGCUACUAAAGGCGAUAUUGUAUCCGUUAUACUACCGGGUGGUGAGACCAAGGACUUCAAAAAAGAUCAACUAUCUCAAGUCAAUCCACCAAAGUAUGAGAAAGCUGAGGAUAUGUCAAAUUUAACAUAUCUUAAUGAUGCUUCUGUUUUACAUAAUUUGAAACAGCGUUAUUAUCAUAAACUUAUCUACACAUACUCUGGUCUCUUCUGUGUUGCGAUCAAUCCUUACAAACGAUAUCCUGUUUAUACGGGACGAUGCGCCAAAUUAUAUCGUGGUAAAAGACGUAGUGAAGUGCCACCUCAUAUUUUUGCUAUUUCUGAUGGUGCCUAUGUCAACAUGUUAACAAACAGUGAAAAUCAGUCCAUGUUAAUCACUGGUGAAUCUGGUGCAGGUAAAACUGAAAAUACUAAAAAAGUAAUAGCUUACUUUGCCACUGUGGGUGCAUCGACAAAGAAAUCUGAUGAUGGAGACAAAAAAAAAGGUUCCCUAGAAGAUCAAGUUGUUCAAACUAAUCCUGUACUUGAAGCGUUUGGUAACGCCAAGACUGUCCGUAACGAUAAUUCAUCUCGUUUUGGUAAAUUUAUUCGAAUUCACUUUGGUCCAUCUGGAAAAUUAGCUGGUGCUGACAUAGAAACUUAUUUACUUGAAAAGGCUCGAGUCAUUUCACAACAAGCUUUGGAGCGAUCUUAUCAUAUAUUUUACCAGAUGAUGUCAGGGUCAGUGAAAGGGUUAAAAGACAUGUUGCUGUUGUCCAACAAUAUUCGAGACUAUUAUUUUGUGUCUCAAGGCAAGACCACUAUUCCCGGCCUUGACGACGGGGAAGAACUGCUUGUUACCGACCAAGCAUUUGACGUUCUUGGAUUUACCCAAGAAGAGAAAGAUAACAUCUAUAAAAUUACGGCUUCUGUCAUGCAUAUGGGUGGAAUGAAAUUUAAACAGCGAGGACGUGAAGAGCAAGCUGAAGCUGACGGUACUGAGGAGGGUGAACGUGUAGCUAAACUUCUUGGUGUUGAUUGCCAAGAUCUAUACAAAAAUUUACUUAAGCCAAGAAUCAAAGUUGGAAAUGAGUUUGUCACCCAAGGUCGUAACAAAGACCAAGUUGCAUACUCAGUUGGCGCCAUGUCUAAAGCAAUGUUCGACAGGGUGUUUAAGUGGCUGGUCAAAAAAUGUAAUGAAACUUUGGAUACUAAACAAAAACGUCAACAUUUUAUCGGUGUGCUGGAUAUUGCUGGGUUCGAAAUUUUUGAUUUCAACAGCUUUGAACAACUUUGCAUCAAUUUUACCAACGAGAAAUUGCAACAGUUCUUCAAUCAUCAUAUGUUCAUUCUUGAACAAGAAGAAUAUCAGCGUGAGGGUAUUGAAUGGACAUUUAUUGACUUUGGCAUGGACCUUCAACAAACUAUUGACUUAAUUGAGAAGCCUAUGGGGAUUCUUUCCAUCCUUGAAGAAGAAUCUAUGUUCCCUAAAGCUACAGAUAAGACAUUUGAAGAAAAACUUAAUAAUAAUCAUCUUGGAAAAAGUCCAAACUUUUUAAAACCAAAACCACCUAAGCCCGGUCAACAGGCAGCUCAUUUUGCUAUUGGUCACUACGCUGGCAAUGUUCCAUACAAUAUUACUGGAUGGCUAGAAAAGAACAAAGAUCCUUUAAACGACACUGUAGUUGAUCAAUUCAAAAAGUCAACCAAUAAACUUCUGGUGGAAAUUUUUGCUGACCACCCAGGUCAGUCUGGUGAUGGAGGAAAAGAUGCGAAGGGUGGACGUGGUAAAAAAGGUGGUGGAUUCUCUACUGUAUCAUCAUCCUAUAAGGAACAGCUUAAUAAUCUCAUGACAACUCUAAGAGCAACCCAACCACACUUCGUUCGUUGUAUUAUUCCCAAUGAAAUGAAACAGCCGGGAGUUAUUGAUUCGCACCUUGUAAUGCAUCAGCUAACUUGUAAUGGUGUGCUUGAAGGCAUUCGUAUUUGUCGCAAAGGAUUUCCGAAUAGAAUGAUGUAUCCCGACUUUAAACUUCGGUACAAGAUAUUAGCCCCACAAGCAGUUGACCAAGUAGGUGGAGACCCAAAAAAGGCUGGUGCAGCAAUUUUGGAAGCUUCAGGACUUGAUGCCGAUCAAUAUCGUCUUGGACAUACGAAGGUAUUUUUCCGUGCUGGAGUGUUAGGUCAAAUGGAGGAGCUACGUGAUGAACGCCUUAGUAAAAUUGUAUCUUGGAUGCAAGCUUAUAUGCGUGGUUAUCUAGCACGCAAAGAUUUCAAAAAGUUACAAGAACAGCGUCUUGCUCUUCAAGUUGUUCAACGUAAUCUCCGUAGAUAUCUCAAACUUCGUACAUGGCCUUGGUGGAAAUUAUGGCAAAAAAUUAAGCCUUUGCUUAAUGCGACUCGAAUUGAAGAUGAACUAGCGGAAUUACAAGAAAGAGCUCGAGUAGCACAAGAAAAUUUUGAACGUGAAGAAAAAAUGCGGAAAGAGUUAGAAGUUCUUAAUUCAAAACUCCUUUCUGAGAAAACUGAUCUUCUUCGUCAACUAGAUGGUGAAAAAGGUUCUUUAACUGAAUAUCAGGAAAGAGCAAUAAAGCUUGCGGCACAGAAAAUGGAUUUAGAAUCUCAACUGUUGGAUGUAUCGGAGAGACUGCAGCAAGAAGAAGAUACCCGAAAUAAUUUAUUCCAGAAUAAAAAAAAAUUAGAUCAAGAGAUUUCAGGGUUGAAAAAAGAUAUUGAAGAUCUCGAAUUAGCAAUUCAGAAAUCUGAGCAAGACAAAGCUACUAAAGACCAUCAGAUUAGAAACUUGAAUGAUGAAAUCGCUCAUCAAGAUGAACUUAUCAAUAAACUUAAUAAAGAAAAGAAAAACCAAAGUGAAGUCAAUCAAAAAACGGCUGAAGAACUUCAAGCAGCUGAAGAUAAAGUAAAUCACUUAAACAAAGUUAAAGUUAAGCUCGAACAAACUCUUGAUGAAUUGGAAGACACUUUAGAACGUGAAAAAAAACUUCGCGCUGAUGUUGAAAAAAGCAAAAGGAAAACAGAAGGAGAUUUGAAACUAACACAAGAAGCUGUAGCCGAUCUCGAACGCAAUAAAAAAGAACUCGAGCAAACUAUUCAGCGUAAAGAUAAAGAAUUAUCCUCUCUUACUGCUAAGCUUGAAGAUGAACAGUCUCUUGUUGGAAAACUUCAAAAACAAAUUAAAGAAUUACAAGCACGUAUUGAAGAACUUGAAGAAGAAGUAGAAGCAGAACGACAAGCCCGUGCUAAGGCCGAAAAACAGAGAAGUGACUUGGCACGUGAACUUGAAGAAUUAGGUGAACGUCUUGAAGAAGCUGGUGGCGCAACAUCAGCACAAAUUGAAUUAAAUAAAAAAAGAGAAGCUGAACUCAGCAAACUUCGAAGGGAUCUAGAAGAGGCCAAUAUUCAACAUGAAUCUUCCCUUGCUAGUCUUCGGAAAAAGCAUAAUGACGCUGUUGCUGAAAUGGGCGAACAAAUCGAUACUCUCAACAAACUAAAAGCAAGGACUGAAAAAGAAAAAGUUCAAUACUUUACAGAACUAAAUGACCUUCGUGCAUCGGUUGAUCACUUAAGUAAUGAAAAGGCCGCUCAAGAAAAAAUCGCUAAGCAGUUGCAACACCAAUUGAAUGAAGCACAAGGUAAAUUAGAAGAACUCAAUCGCACAGUAAACGACUUUGAUGCCGCUAAAAAAAAAUUAUCGAUCGAAAAUAGUGAUUUAUUAAGACAACUUGAAGAAGCUGAAUCACAAGUGAGCCAAUUGUCGAAAAUCAAAAUUUCAUUGACAACUCAACUUGAAGAUACGAAAAGACUUGCUGAUGAAGAAGGCCGUGAACGAGCAACUCUGCUUGGUAAAUUCCGCAAUCUUGAACAUGAUCUAGAUAAUAUUCGUGAACAAGUUGAAGAAGAAGCAGAAGGAAAGGCCGAUCUCCAAAGACAACUAAGUAAAGCUAAUGCAGAAGCUCAACUCUGGCGAAGUAAAUAUGAAUCAGAAGGAGUGGCAAGAGCUGAAGAACUUGAAGAAGCUAAACGAAAACUUCAGGCUCGAUUAGCUGAAGCCGAGGAAACUAUUGAGUCUCUUAAUCAAAAAGUUAUUGCACUAGAAAAAGUAAAGCAGCGUCUUGCAACUGAAGUUGAAGAUUUACAGAUCGAAGUCGACCGAGCUACGGCAAUCGCUAAUGCAGCUGAAAAGAAACAAAAAGCCUUCGACAAGAUCAUCGGAGAAUGGAAACUUAAAGUCGAUGAUUUAGCAGCGGAACUUGAUGCCAGCCAAAAAGAAUGUCGCAAUUACAGUACGGAACUUUUCCGACUUAAAGGUGCUUAUGAAGAAAGUCAAGAACAGUUGGAAGCCGUUCGUCGAGAAAAUAAAAAUCUUGCUGACGAAGUCAAAGAUUUACUUGAUCAAAUUGGUGAAGGAGGUCGAAAUAUUCACGAAGUCGAGAAAGCAAGAAAACGAUUAGAAGCCGAAAAAGAUGAACUGCAAGCGGCUUUAGAAGAAGCAGAAGCAGCUUUAGAACAAGAAGAAAAUAAGGUUUUGCGUUCUCAGUUAGAGCUCAGUCAAGUAAGGCAAGAGAUUGAUCGUCGUAUACAAGAAAAAGAAGAAGAAUUCGAAAAUACAAGAAAAAAUCAUCAGCGAGCUUUAGACUCUAUGCAAGCCUCCCUUGAAGCUGAAGCCAAGGGUAAGGCUGAAGCGUUGCGGAUGAAGAAAAAACUUGAAGCAGACAUCAAUGAAUUGGAAAUCGCUUUGGAUCAUGCUAAUAAAGCAAAUGCAGAAGCCCAGAAAAAUAUAAAGAGAUACCAACAGCAAUUAAAAGACGUCCAAACAGCUUUAGAAGAGGAACAACGUGCUAGAGAUGAAGCUCGAGAGCUCCUGGGAAUUUCCGAGCGAAGAGCUAAUGCACUUCAAAAUGAAUUGGAAGAAAGUCGCACACUUUUAGAACAAGCUGAUCGUGGUCGUCGUCAAGCAGAACAAGAACUGGCUGAUGCUCAUGAGCAGCUUAACGACCUCAGUGCUCAAAAUGCUUCAAUUUCUGCUGCCAAAAGAAAGCUAGAAGCCGAACUUCAAACUCUCCACUCUGAUUUAGAUGAACUUCUUAACGAAGCCAAAAAUUCCGAAGAAAAAGCUAAAAAAGCAAUGGUAGAUGCUGCUCGACUCGCUGACGAACUUAGAGCAGAGCAAGAUCAUGCACAAACGCAAGAAAAAUUACGUAAAGCAUUAGAAGCUCAAAUUAAAGAACUUCAAGUAAGGCUUGACGAAGCUGAGGCCAACGCCUUAAAAGGUGGUAAAAAGGCUAUUCAAAAAUUGGAACAACGAGUACGAGAAUUAGAAAAUGAAUUAGAUGGUGAACAAAGAAGACAUGCAGACGCGCUAAAAAAUUUGCGCAAGGCCGAACGUCGUAUUAAAGAACUUAGUUUCCAGGCUGAUGAGGAUAGGAAAAACCACGAACGUAUGCAAGACCUCGUUGAUAAACUACAACAAAAAAUUAAAACAUAUAAAAGACAAAUUGAGGAAGCAGAAGAAAUCGCAGCUCUAAAUCUCGCUAAGUUCCGAAAAGCACAACAAGAACUAGAAGAAGCCGAAGAACGAGCAGAUCUAGCCGAGCAAGCUAUCACUAAAUUUCGUACUAAAGGACGUGGAGGAAGUGCAGCACGAGGAUUGAGCCCAGCGCCAUUUAGGUCAUUAAUGAAACCUCAACUUGAUGGUUCUGCUUUCCCGCCUAGGUUCGAUCUUCAACAAGACGGUGAUUUUUGAAUAAAGUCUUCACGAUUUCACUGUUAAAUGAUGGGAUGCCAAGUAUUUCAACAUUAUUGAAAAUAUUCCUUGAUAUAUGUGAACGAAUGGUUAAGCACCUUAGAAAAAAAAUUGUAAAAGAUUAUAGCAAUUAAUAGAUUUAAAGUAAAAUUUUAAAUGAUUCUGUUAGCAUAACAAAUAUUUCAGCUAUAAGUUUAGGUGCAUCAGUUGUAAUAUCUAUGAUUGAUUGACUCUGAGCUGUAUCUAAGAGUGCUUUCCUAUUAUAACGCUUCGAUUUAUAAAUAAAAUAUGUAUUUAUUAAAAUAAAUAAGCAAUAUCUGA